UUCGUUUGUAUUCCAAAGCAACCUAAAAGGACGCAGUGCGCAGCACACAGAGAGGUGGUACAGAGCACCUCUGGGAUUUACUCUCCUGUUUCACCGUCCAAGUGAUGGUAAUUAACACAAGGCAUUAUUGUAACGAAUGCCUUGUGUUUUAAAAGACUGUCUCAUAGUAACGAUACUUCCGCAUGCCAAAAUGAGUGUAAUUAUAGAUAUAAGCUCGGGCAGCGACGAGGAGCCGGACCUGGAGAUAGUAGGUGUGUUUAGAAGUGUCUGCAACUGCAAGAAACUGAACUCAACUGCUGUCGGGCCGAACUUCAUCGACUUGACAAAAAAUGACAAUGACCGGAAGCGCCACAGACAUAGGAAGAGGAAGAGUUCAAGUGAUCUUAUAGUAGAGGUGAUGGACCUGAGCAAGUGCAGUUCUCCAACAGAGAGCAGCAGGGGGCAGCAGAGUCCCAUCAACUCUGAGAAUGUGCUCACCAUUUUGUCAGAGGAGGAGGAGGAGGAGAAUCCAAAAGUUAAUGAGUCUCCUACAGCCACCAGUGCCAUGCAGCCGCCUGACCUGGGACUCUCCGGCUCUUGCUCCCUCAGCGAUCUCCCGGAUGCGGACAUCUCUUCCCCCACACUCCCUCAAUACCAGUUCCUGGAAGACUCCCAGUUUGAAAUCCAAAAUGAAUCCCAUUCCUCUGGGGCAGAGAAAGAGGAUCCGUUUGAACUGUGCUCCCGCGGUACCAAGUCGUUCCACAGUAUCGCAGCUCCUGACGUGGGCACCGACCAGCCCUGCUCUUCAGAUACAAAUUCUGCAGAACCCCAGGAGCACAGCAUGGAACCUUCCGAGGUUGACUUUCAGAGAGACCUUGACACCAAAGAGCCGCAAGACACACAGUCCAAAACGCCCCCACCUUCCCAUGAACUUGACGAGUCCACCAAUUGGCCUUUCACAGUUUCCUGUUCAAGUGGCAAUCUUGCUGCCAUCUCAAGCGAAGAGAAGCAUCAGCAGGGAGAGUGCAGAGAGUCCUCUUGCAAGAGGUGGCAACCAGAGGGCAGCGCUGAUGAGCCCCUUUGUCUGCAGUGUUCUGUUAAAAAUGUUCCUAGUUGUCAUUCCUUAACAGAGCAGCAGCAGGGAUCGCUUGGUUGCUCUUCCCAGAUUGGUUCUAAUUUUAACGAACAGAAAGUAGUUGAUACCAGCAGCCCGACUUCCACGGACAUUCUGGCCGGUGACUCUCCUGACUGGCUGAUGGACUGUGACCUCCCCUCCCCUCAGCUGGACAGUCCCGACAGCCUGCCCUUUGUGAAUGAGAUGGAGUCGUACUCUGAACCCUGGAACAGCCUCUCAGAUGGGAAGGCUUCUCCCCUCCCGUCCCCUCCUUUGCUGAGACAGGAGGUGGAUGGGGAAGGGGACGAAGCCAUGUCAGAGUGUUACUCCAGUGUGGAAACGGAGCAGGAGUUAGAGGAGGAACAGGAUCUCUACUACAUAGACCGUGCUAAGCGCAAGAGGCUCAGUUUAUUCACUGGAAUGCCAAUCCAGCACAUGCUUCCCUGGAGAAUGUCAGAGGAGGAUGACGAUCAAGUAAGAGCUGACGAUGGGUCUGAUCUGAGUGAGGAUGAAGUGACGCGGGAGCCCAUCUCUCAGCGAAGGUUGCGGUUGGCUCUCUGCACUAUUGAGGAGAGCUACCCCCAGGCCACCCUGGAGUUCCUGUUUGAUUUUAUGAGCCCGCGCUACUACCCCCCUGCCGACACAGUCAACCAUGUCCUCCGGGAGAUCCUGCUGAACUCUGACUCCCCCAUCCUCGCCGAAGAAGCCUACACCCUGCUUAUGAAGAUCCAGCUCUUUCACCCUGCAGAUCUGUCUACAGUUCAGUGGGACUGGGAACUUGUGUCCUCCGUCAUGGAUGAGAAGGACCCCAAGAAAAGCCAGUCCCUGACCACAGGGCCGCUGUUCCUACAGUACGUGGUGCAGACCCUGGAAGAUGAUUUUCAGCGCAGGGUAGGGCAGCAAUCAUUGCAGCUCUCCAUCGUCAAGGCAACGCUUUCCUGUGACAGGAAGUUUACCCAUGUCAGAGAUGUGGUGGACUGGUUAAUAAGUGCUGUUACAAACAUCACUGGGCAAGAAAAGAAGAAAAAAUCAGGAGAUGAUUACAGACUCAAAGUGGUGUUCCUGCUCCAGAAGAUGCUGGCCCUGGCAGUGGAGGUGGAUCGCUCACCUACCUGCAGCUCCAACAAGCUCUCAGAGGAGAUGUUCCAAUCCUUUUUUGGCAGUGCUCUCAGGAGGCAGCACAUAGUGCAGCUGUUGAACACUAUGGAGAGCCAGCUGCUGUGCUGCAAGCUGCUCGAGUUGCUCUUAGGCUACGCCUGUCCUCUCAGAACACAGCUGCACAUGUCACUGGGCUUGAUCCUGCACUUCUUGCGACAUGCAGAGCUUCCUCUUGACACCACGGGUGGUGCAGAAGAGCGGUGGCUGCGAUGGGAUGAUUUGCUUAACCUGCUUGUGCUGCUGUUCCACAGUUACCAGGAGGUCACCAAUGGUUAUCUUCGAUUUUCCAUCACAGAACGUGCAAAACACUAUGGCACGAGGCCAGCGGUGAUCGAGGAAGACAGGAUCACAGUGAUGGAAAUCAAAUCAGAUUUGGAUACUUUCCGCAGCAGAGUGUCCAAAGACCUGGGUGAGCCACUGAACUUGCAGCUGGAGGAACGACUCGGCCAACUGCAAUCUCUUCUCCUCAAUUCAAUUACGGGGAAAAACGAAUAUACUACUUUUUUGCUUAUGUAAAUAAAUGGUUUAAUCCACUUUUUUUUUUUUAUAAACAACCAUCUUUUAGUCUCUUUCUUUUGCUAAAAUAUUGUUGUGCCAUUUACUUUGCUUCUGUAUAUCAUUUACAGAGCCUUUUGUAAUGAGUUUGCAAGACAAUGGGGUUAAAACAUUGAAAGAAUACAUACUGCAAGACCCUCAACCCGUGAACAUGGGCAACAUCAGUGUUUUCAUUUUAAAAUGAAAGUCAGGCUUCACCUCAAUUGUGCAAAAAGUGUGUUGCAUUUUCUUUAUAUUUAAAUAUUUAGUUUAAAGCCUUUCAGAACAAAAAAUACUAUGUUUUUAAAACAAAACAUCUCACUCUUACCAUCAACAUAACUUUAAAAUCAGGAGAAUGAUCUGCAAAGACAGAUGCAUAAGUAAAUCCAAUAGUAAUAUAAAUCAGGGCUCGCAAAAUGUUGGUCGUGGUACUUCAGGCAGUACAUUGUAGACAUUUGGUUGCCCAUAAUUGACCUCUGGACUGAUUUGUACAAAGUACACUGUACUAAAUACAGGUAC